GCAGUUCUGGACUGGAGAUAACUGGGGGGGAUCGCGACGGACCCAGGGGGGGGCGGCCGUCUGCUUUUCGGAGGCACCGCUGCACGCUUGGCUUUUCCCAAAGCUGGGACCGCAUGAGCUGCCCCGAUACAUGGCUCUGCCCAACCAUGAGACCCACGAUCCGCCAUCCAGGAGAGUAUAUUCAAGGAUGGAGGCCUCCUGCCUGGAGUUAGCGUUAGAAGGGGAGCGCUUGUGCAAGGCGGGCGACUUCAAGGCUGGAGCCGCUUUCUUCGAAGCCGCCGUCCAGGUGGGGACUGAAGAUCUGAAGACUCUCAGUGCCAUCUACAGCCAGCUCGGCAACGCUUACUUCUACCUGAAGGAGUACUCCAAGGCCCUGGAAUACCAUAAGCAUGACUUGACCUUGGCCAGGUCCAUCGGAGACCGCAUCGGAGAAGCUAAAGCCAGUGGAAAUCUGGGGAACACCUUAAAAAUCCUAGGGCAAUAUGAUGAGGCGAUCGCUUGCUGCCACCGACAUCUUAAUAUAUCCCAGGAGCAGGGAGACAAGGUGGGUGAAGCUCGCGCCCUGUAUAACGCAGGCAAUGUCUUCCAUGCCCGAGGGAAGCAGCUGUCCUGGAGCAUGCCUCAGAUUCCCGGCGACCUCUCGGAGGAAGUCAAGGAGACCCUACAGAAAGCGACGGAGUAUUACGAGAGGAACUUGGCUUUAGUGAAAGAGCUGGGCGACAGGGCCGCGCAGGGCCGAGCCUAUGGGAACCUCGGGAACACACACUACCUCCUAGGCAAUUUCAACGAGGCCAUCGCCUUUCACAAGGAGAGACUCGCCAUCGCGAAAGAGUUCGGCGACAAAGCAGCGGAGCGGAGGGCAUACAGCAACCUGGGGAAUGCCCACAUAUUCCUGGGGAGAUUCGACGUCUCGGCGGACUAUUACAAGAAGACCCUACAGCUAUCGAGGCAGCUGAAGGACCAGGCGGUGGAAGCCCAAGCCUGCUAUAGCCUCGGAAACACGUACACUCUCCUGCAGGACUACGAAAGGGCCAUCGACUAUCACUUGAAACAUCUUUCCAUAGCGCAAGAGCUUGGAGACCGAGUGGGUGAAGGUCGGGCCUCCUGGAGUCUCGGAAAUGCCUACGUUUCUUUAGGAAACCACAAGGAGGCGCUGCGCUACGCCAGCAGACACAAGGAGAUAUCCCGGGAGAUCGGAGACCUGAACGGCGAACUAACCGCCCGCAUGAACAUAGCCCAGCUGAAGUCCGCGCUAGGCAUGGGCGCCAGCGAAUGCGACGGGGACAUGUCUCCGCCGUACGACGGCUAUGAAGCUCAAGGUGCCAGACCCAAGAGGGCGCCGCGCUUCAGUAUGGACAGCUUGGAGUUAAUAAAGUUUCCAGCAGAGAAGGACCAGAACAGCGACGGCCACGCGAUUGGCGUCAGAAAGGACUUCACGAGUAAACCUUCGAGGAGUAAAAAGUACAGGGACGGGCAGCUCCCCACAGAGAGAAGAGCUCAGGACGCCGGCCCCGCGGACCCCGGUGACGUCAGAGUCCAGAUGCCCCACCUGAAAAUCAAUCGGGCACCUUCAGACGAGGAAUGUUUCUUUGACCUCCUGAGCAAAUUUCAGAGUAACCGGAUGGAUGAUCAGAGAUGCACGUUAGAGGACAGCCAGAGCUCCAUCCCUGAGGACCCCGCGACCCCAAUGCCAGCUCUGGAGGACAGAAUAUCUGCCUCCUCGCUGAUGGCCUCACCCCAGACAGAAGAAUUCUUCGAUUUGAUAGCCAGUUCACAGAGCAGAAGGCUGGAUGACCAACGAGCAAGCGUGGGGAACUUACCGGGCCUCCGACUAACUCAUAAUAACAUGGGCCACCUGCUAGUGGAAGGAGACCAGCAGGAGCCGGGAGAUGAGUUUUUCAACAUGUUAAUGAAGUGCCAGUCUUCAAGGAUAGACGACCAAAGAUGCGCGCCUCCGGACGCCGUGCCCAGGGGUCCCACCAUGCCGGAUGAAGACUUCUUCAGUCUGAUCCAGAGAGUCCAGGCUAAGCGAAUGGACGAACAGAGAGUGGACCUGCCGUCUAGUCAGGACCACCAUCAGCAAGAUGGACACCGUCGACCAAGCAACAGCUAAAUGCUUCAACGCUCUUCCAACGGGACAAGCGUCUGCCUUUUUACGAAGGAAACCACCUCUCUCAAGCCGCCGCGGCGCGCGCGCAGGCUGAGAGCGUCUUUAUUUUAUUAGAAAUUAGCUGAUGCGUAGAGGGUUAAGCGGACGAAGCGGUGGUGAAGAUCCAUGAGCUGUCCCGACGUCUCUGCUCAACCAGUAACAAUGUAACGAACUCUCGUCCGCUUUUCUAGACCUCCUUUUGUAGACUGUCACCUGAUGACAAUUGAAGCAGGAAAACGCGGUCCACGUGGUCGCUGGUUCCGUGUCUCGGAAAGACGGAGAGGAGCGGCUACACCGCGGCGCUCCUUCCACGGAGGUGACCCAAGCUCUUGGAGGACCUCGCAGACCAGGACUGUUGAGAUCAGGCUGCAGUUUUUGUAGGCGGAUUACACCAUACGGCCAGCAGUUUUUAUUCCAUCACAAAGGGCCUUAAUCAUUAAAAAGGCAAUAAUGUUGUUGUUGUUAGUAA